AAAACAUAAAGUAGCAGAUCAUUCAGCCAGUGAAAUCCAUGUGAGAUGUGACAUAGGGGAGCCAGAGCAAAUUAAUUCCCCUUAAACAAAUCCCCCACCAAACGUUCAACGCACAGAUCCACAUCUCGGAUUCUCGAUCAUAGCUUUCUUAGCUUCUCCUCUAUUUGAUUCUCAGAGCCUAUCUGCUUCGAACUUCAACUCCAUAUAUCUUCAAGGCUCAAAGACUUGGUGCCGCUCUCGGAUUCAAUCGAUGACAAAGGAUAGAAAAUUAGGGUUUGCGGUGGAUUUCUCGAAGGGAAGCAAGACUGCUCUGAAAUGGGCUCUUCAUAAUCUGAGUGAUAAAGGUGACACCUUGUAUGUCAUCCAUGUCAAGCCCCAACAAGGCAGUGAGAGCCGCAACCUUCUUUGGUCUACCACCGGAUCACCUCUGAUUCCGUUUGCGGAGUUUCGUCGAAAGGACGUUAUGGAGAACUACGAGGUUGAGCUUGAUCCGGAGGUCUUGGACUUGCUUGACACUGCUAUUAAGCAAAAUCAUGUAACGGUGAUAGCAAAGCUCUACUGGGGAGAUGCAAGAGACAAACUUUGUGAAGCAGUCGAAGAUUUAAAGCUCGACUGCUUGGUCCUUGGCAGCAGGGGCCUUGGCACCAUCCAAAGGGUGCUGCUGGGAAGUGUAUCAAGCCACGUUAUGGCGAAUGCAAAUUGCCCCGUUACCAUUGUCAAGGAUCAGAAAGCUUACGGUGUUUAGUUGAAAUUUCUGAGACAACCUUGCAAUAAUUUGUGUUUGUCCCAAAAAGAAGAAGAAGAAAUUAAUAAUUUGUGUGGGUGCAUAUGCUUAUUUGUGUGUAGUUUGUUAUGUAUCAGUAAUCAGUGUUAACAGUUCA